AUGAGGACCAUGGGCUACAUGCCCACAGAGAUGGAGCUCAUCGAGCUGGGCCAGUCCAUCUGUGAGUCUGAUGGCAUCGUCAACAUGAGGCAGGGGAAACACCACAGAAUCAUAGAAUAUCUGAAACUCUAGAGUGCUAUGGCAGAAACUAGGUUGAUUAUUACAACGAAUUAUGAACCAAGGAAGCACAAAGUCAGGAAAUAUUUAGGCGAAGAAAGGUAUUAUCCAUAUCCAUAUUGUACUAUGAGUAAUAGUAGUCAUGUUUUUAUCUGGUCUGUAGGUGGCGGCAAACUAGACUUUGAGGACUUUGUGGAGCUGAUGGGCCCAAAGAUGCUGGCAGAGACAGCAGACAUGAUCGGAGUGAAAGAACUGAGAGAUGCAUUCAAGGAGGUCAGUCUCUCUCUCUCCCUUAGAUUGUGUUGGCUCAAAGCUGACAGAGAUGGUUGCUGUCUCUCUCAUGUGAGUAAAUGUCGCUAUAUCCUCCCUCCCCUCUCUCUCCCUUUAUCUCUCUCUCUCUCUCUUUGUCUUUCUCUAUCUCUCUGUCUCGCUCUUUCUCUCUCUCACUCUCUCUUUCUUUCUAUUUCUUGGACUCUGUCUCUUUCUUUUUCUCUGUCUCUCUUUCUCUGUCUCUGUCUCUCUCUCUCUCUCUCUCUCUCUGUGUGUCUCUUUCUCUGUCUCUCUCUCUCUUUCUCUGUCUCUCUCUCUCUCUUUCUCUGUCUCUGUCUGUCUGUCUCUCUCCGUCUCUUUCUCUGUCUCUUUCCCUCUCUCAGUUUGAUGCUAACGGUGAUGGUAAGAUCAGUAUAAUGGAGCUGAGGGAGGCCAUGAAGAAGCUGAUGGGAGAACAGCUGACCAACAGAGAGAUUGACGAGAUCCUCCGAGAUGUGGACCUCAACGGGGACGGACUGGUCGACUUUGAGGGUGUGUGUGUGUGUGUGUGUGUGUGGGUUGGUUCUUCUAUCCUUGUGGGGACCUAAAAUCCCCAAAUGUCCCCACAAGGAUAGUAAAACAAGGAAAAUCUCCCUCAUAGGGACAUUUCCCAUGUCCCCAUGAGGACAAAGGCUAUUUUAAGCUUAGGGGUUAGGUUUAGGAUUAGGGUUACGGGUUAAGGUUAGGGUUAGGGUUAAGGUUAGGGCAAGGUUAGGGUAAAAUCAAAUCAAAUCACAUUUUAUUUGUCACAUGCACCGAAUACAACAGGUGUAGACCUUACAGUGAAAUGCUUACUUACAAGCCCUUAACCAACAAUGCAGUUAAGAAAAAUAAGUGUUAAGUAAAAAAUAGAUAAGUAAAAAUAAGAAAAUAAUAAGUAAAAAUAAGAAAAAUAAAAAAUAAUUAAAGAGCAGCAGUAAAAUAACUUAGUGAGGCUAUGUGUGGCUAUGUACUGGUACAGAGUCAAUGUGCGGGGGCACAGGUUAGUCGAGGUAAAUUGAGGUCAUAUGUUCUUGUGGGUAGAGGUAAAGUGACUAUGCAUAGAUAAUAAACAGAGAGUAGCAGCAGCGUAAAAAGAGGGGUUGGGGGGGGGACAAUACAAAUAGUCCGGGUAGCCAUUUGAUUAUCUGUUCAGGAGUCUUAUGGCUUGGGAGUAGAAGCUGUUAAGAAGCCUUUUGGACCUAGACUUGGCGCUCCGGUACCGCUUGCCGUGCGGUAGCAGAGAGAACAGUCUAUGACUAGGGUGGCUGGAGUCUUUGGCAAUUUUUAGGGCCUUCCUCUGACACCGCCUGGUAUAGAGGUCCUGGAUGGCAGGAAGCUUGGCCCCAGUGAUGUACUGGGCCGUACGCACUACCCUCUUUAGUGCCUUGCGGUUGGAGGCCGAGCAUUUGCCAUAUCAGGCGGUGAUGCAACCAGUCAGGAUGCUCUCGAUGGUGCAACUGUAGAACUUUUGAGGAUCUGAGGACCCAUGCCAAAUCUUUUCAGUCUCCUGAGGGGGAAUAGGCUUUGUCGUGCCCUCUUCAUGACUGUCUUGGUGUAUUUGGACCAUGAUAGUUUGUUGGUGAUGUGGACACCAAGGAACUUGAAGCUCUCAAUCUGCUUGGUCCUCCUUUUCCUGUAGUCCACAAUCAUCUCCUUUGUCUUGAUCACGUUGAGGGAGAGGUCAGGAUUAGGUUUAGAGUUAGGGGUUAGGAAAAAUGGAAAUUAAUUUGAGGUCCCCACGAGGAUAGAAGAACCUAACGUGUGUGUGUGUGUGUGUGUAUGUGUGUGUGUGUGCGCAUGCAAAGUUUCAGUGUUGAUUUAUGUUUGUCAGAAACCGUGGCUUCAGCUUUUUCGUUGGUUUGUUUAUAGGAUAAUAAUUUCUCCUUUUUGUCUUUCUGUCACUAUCUCUCCCUCUUUUCACAGAAUUUGUUCGAAUGA